AUGGCUGCCUGUGUGCAGAAACAGACGGUGACGAUGUCCGUUUCGUUCUAUGUCGGUCAGCUCUGCCGUAGUUCCCAUGAUGUUGUCGAUAGCGACGUGACGGAAGCCGCGGCGGAGCUGACCAGCGUCGAGAUCACCAACGAUGUUGUUCGAGAGCGGCCCGCUGAAAGCCAUGAGCCUAGUACCGCAGAUGCCAAGCACUCUGUACUGCUUCUGAGCUUGAGCGAAGUCGUCGUAGCCGUAGCUCUUCUACACUGCUACUGCAGUGCCCUCGAGGAUAAUUAUUGUUAUUUUUUCGAGAAAAUGUUCUGCUCUAUGGUGAAAUGGAGGCCGACUCUUUCGUGUAGAACCGGUGCAGCCGACGAUCCUGUGCGCCCUCUCAACACCAAAGAAGGGGUGCGUCCGUCGUCGAGUUUCACCAUCCACGUGGAUGUUGCUUCGCAAGGAGCUGAUGCGUCGGCGGGGCCGCGCCUUCGGAAGAGGCGGCUCGCCGAUCCGUCGACCGGCACGCUUCCGAAGGGCCCACGUCGGAGCCAGUUGCAGAAAUGCAAGACGGCGACAACAAUAACGGCGGCAACACCGGACCUCCUCGUCGUCAAGGUGGGCAAGCAGACGUACUCCAAUCGGCAGCGGUCGGUCAAAACGGAGAAACGCGAGUUGCCGGAGCACGCCGCCGCCCUGGCGUCCCGCUUUGGUCGUCGCACCUAUGCCGACAGGAAGAGGCCCAAGCCGGAGCUCGCCGCCAGGGUUGCGGAGGCGCAGUCCGUCAUCGACCUGGGACCCCCCACCGUAGAACCCAGCCAGCUGCUCCUCGGCGACAGCGAGGAGCCGCGAGAGCCCGAGGGCUGGGACACGGCCACGCGGAGGCAGCUUGGCGCCGCCCCCGUUCCCGUUAGGUUUGUCGGGCUCGUCGCGGGAGGCGGGUGCAGGGCGGACGAGGUGCAUGAAGGUGACAUCGACGAUGACGACGCCAAUGGGCCUCCUUGUGUCUGUGUCAUCAAAGUUGCCAAGCGGACGCUCUCGUCGGCCGGUCAAAGCCGUCGCAGACGGGCGCGAGUCAACAAGCAGACAUCAAGGCUCCGCUCUGGUGUCUCGCAGAGGCCGUCGCACCAGCGCGGACAAAAAAAGGCCCAAGUCAAGACCCGUCGUCCGCACCGCCGUGGCACGUUUGCAAUCACCCUCGGAUUUCCAACCGUGGAACCCAGCACACUUCUCCUUAGCGAAAGCAGAGAGCCGCAAGAAGUCGUCGCUGUAGACACAAUCACGCGCAGAGAGCUGGGUGCUACUCCCAUACCCGUUCAAUUCGUGGGACUUGCCACAGAAAGCGGAUCCAAGGCGGACAACGAGUCUUCUCUCGUGUAUUGUGUUGGGACUGGAACGGCUCCAGCUCUGCUCACAAAGAGUUUGGUGCGGACACCUGGCAACUUCGGGCAUUUGGACAAGAUCGAGCUCAAGCUUGAGGACAACGUGUCUCAAGAAAACGAGUUUGUUGUUCCAAAUUGUCUCGUUGAGGACGAAAGUGCUCCGGUGAGGGUGAAAAUGGAGCCUGUGUAAGUGCCCUGAAAGAUAGGGCUCAUUGGUGGGUUCCUGUUUUCUACCGGUCUUUAUCCGAGUGUUUUAUGGGGCAGUUGUGGGCUGUUCCUUUAUGUUAUCAAAUGUGCCGGAGGAAGUGGUGCCUGCGGUUUCAUAAUUUUACCCCGGCUGUUGCCUGUAUUGCAGUGGCCCUUGACGGAAACAAGCUUGUUGGAAUAAAGUGUUGAUUUAUCGAG